AUGUUAGGCGCAUCCCCAUAUCAUAACUUCGAUGAUUUGGAAAUCAGAAUCUGUAACGGUUUAAGACCAGAAUUUCCAAAACACGCUCCAAAAUUAUUUGAACAAUUAACGACUCAAUGUUGGAACGCUGUCCCUUCUCAACGACCAAGAGCCGUUGAACUGAAGAAUAUAUUAAAUCGAUGGCAUUCGGAUGUAUAUAAUGAUUUGCAAGCAGAAAUAAAUGAUCAGUGCAAAAAAUAUGAAGAUUAUUUAAUGAGUAACUUACUAAAAAAAAAAAUAAGAUCAGAUAAAUUGACUGUCCUUAAGAAAAUUAAAGAUGAUCCACUUAUAAAAUAUAAAUUCAUUCCGCCUCAAAAUUCAAUGGAAGACCAUAUCAUUGUUUUUGAAUAUGCUGAUAGUAGAACCUUAAGAUCAUAUUUUCAUAAUAAUUUUAGCGAAUUUUCCUGGGAUGAUAAAAUUAAAUUUGUUCGACAGAUUGCUGAUGCUAUUUACUAUUUGCACAAAGAAACUAUUCAUCGUGAUUUG